AAGAUAUAAAGGUCCCAGCAGACUGCCAGAGACAGGACCUCUGACAGACUGAGGAGUGUCCCAGUUUCUCUCUGCUGUGCGCAGUGAAACAUCACCUUGACCAUGAAGGCAACUGGCAUUUUCCUGCUCCUCUCCCUGGCACUCUGUUGCUACCAAGGAAUUGCUGAGGCGAAUCGAGCUGCUGGCAGAGGAAGAGAGCCAUCCUGUGACAAUUUCAACCUAAGCAGAGGCUGUGGAAGGAACUUUGAACCCAUCUGUGGCACGGAUGACGUCCUGUACAGCAACGAGUGUCUGUUGUGCCUUCACAACCGGCAAAGGGGCGCUAGUGUGCGCAUAAAGCACAGAGGAAUGUGCCAAAACCCCAAUGCACGCUCCACUGACUGAGAGGCACAACCUUUCUGGAGAAGAGAGCACAAAGCUGUUCCUCACCUGCAGAAUCUCCUAAUAAAGUAGAAGCAUUA